CUGAUUCAAGCUGUGACCCAGCAGCAUCACCGCAGUGCUGAGGAGGGAAGGCUGCUGCUCCCAGCUCAGUACUUGGAGAUCACCUCACCAACUCCUGCCCUCUCCACCAGCACCACAAUGGCAGAAGCUGCUGUUGCUCCAUUCCAGUAAAUCAUUUGCUCAGCCCGUGGCUGUGGCCUCGUACCUUGACCCCAUUGAUGGGCCGGCUCCCUUUGGUGCCAGCAAAGCAAUGCUCUGCUCAUUGCUGCCACAGCCAAACCCACUGCUCUUUCUCUCCUUCCCCUCUCAUCCUGCCAUUGCCGGGUGCCCGCUGUGUGCUGCAGCAGGUUGGGAUCUGACGGCCUCAAGGAGUUCUCUCAGGUGAAGGAGAAGAAGGUUGUCUGAAUAUACCUAUGAGUGAGCUGCAAUGGAUAACAAAGACUCAGAAGCUGAGAUCCACCCUCUGAAGACAGAGGACGUGAAAGCUCAAGAGAACCAUGAGAACUCUGUUGAGAGGAGAAUUAUCAUCAAGCCGUCGUCGCAGCUGUCUCGGCUGUCCCGCUGGCGCACUGCUGCCUUCUUCGUCUCAUUAUUCUUGUGUCUCAUCAUUGUGUUUGCCUUCUCCUUUAUCAUUCCUUGCCCAGAGAGGCCUGUUUCAGAGAGAACGUGGCUCCGAAACUAUGACAGUGCAGUGGCUUACCGGUUUCUUGUUAUAGAAGAUGUGAACAAGGACAAAGUGCAAGAUGUCAUCUUUGCUUUCAAAGCCAGCAAUGGCAGCAGCAGCUUCAACAGCUCCUGUUUGGAUGAAGGUCUGCCUUCUCCAUGUGCUUUCAUCACUGCCGUGUCCGGCACGAAUGGCAGAGUGCUCUGGGAGAGACCUGCUGCCACGGAGGUGGAAUGGAUGCAGUGCGGCAUCACGCAGCUUGGAGGGGCCCCAGGCUGCCUUCUGGUGGGGCAACCGGUGUCACUGACUGCAGUUGACCAGCAGACAGGGGAAGUUCAGUGGAGACAGUCUGAUGACUUUGGAGCUAAUUAUACUGUGCUGACUCCCUUGUCAGUGAUUCCAGAUGUGGAUGGUGAUGGAGUUCAGGACCUGAUAAUCUUUAUUGCUACAGGAGAUAAGAUUAAGACCUUCAUCCAUUCAGGAAAAAGUGGCCAACAGAUCGGCUCCACUGGAAGCCUGAAUGUGGAUGGGGAAGCUCGUUACAUCAUGCUGAGCCCAGGCUCCUCCCACUACUUCCUUUUCUAUACAGCCAACUCUAUCUACGCAUAUUCCCUGAAAGAUCUCUACAGUGCAGCAACUGGGAUGGAAAUUAAGCUUCCUGGCCUUGAGCAAGAUCCUCAGUGGGAGAAGAACGUCGAUCACACCACACACCGCCUGAUCCCUCUCAGCACCGGAGACAUACGUUACCUGGCAAAAAUUCCUGGCAGAUCGAGGGAGAACAUCCUGGUUGUGAGCUCAGAGAUGACCACGCUGAUCAGUGCACAGAAUCUGCAGACAUUGUGGACCCUCAACGUGUCCCGUGUCAUGAGUGAGCCACUGCUUGGGUACUACAAACCUGAUGUUCUUGAUGUUGUCCUUGAGAGUGAGAUCGGACCCAACAGGAAAAAGGUUAUGAUUGUGGAGGGUGGAUCUGGAGCAGUCCAAUGGGACCUGAAGCUGAACUCUAGAGCAGAGAGCCCCCAGCCAGCUACACUUUCUACUGCUGAUCACCGGUCAACCUUCCUCAUCUGGGGUGAAUACCAAGUAGCAGGAAAUGAAACGAUAUCAACAGAUCCUCUACAGAAGCUUUAUCUUUUCCAUCCUUCCUACACUAAUGUCCUAUUGGAGCUCCGCAACAGCACAGAUCAGAUAAUUGCCUUCAAUGCCACGCUGUUCGAGCGCAGCCGUCACGCCUGCUAUGUGCUGUUGAGGGGACCUCAACCCGGUGAGGAGCCAGGGCUGGUGUCUCUGAUGAAGCGUAAGCUGAAGGAGGACGUCUCUGAGAGCAGGGUGAUCUGGCUGAGCCAGGUGGCUGUGGACAGUGAGCAGUACAUCCGUGACCGCCUCUAUAGGAUGCGGUACCACAGCAGAGUGUGAGCUGGCCAGGAGACCAGGAGAGUCUUCAGGCUGCCUCUCCUCUGCAGCAGUGCUCUUAGCAAACCCAGAUCGUGGAUUCAAAUGGGAAGCUGCCUUUCUCGAUCUGCAAACCAAAGCGUGGCUGGCAGGGAAGCAACCCCUCUGCCUGGGUAUGCCCAGGGUGAGGGAGCAGCUGCCAGUGCAUCCAUUGCCAGAGCUGAUGGGGCUUCAGUGCUCAGCCACCGCUGAAGUGUCGUGAGCUCAGGGAUGAGGGCUUUCCCCUCCUUUUUGUGCCCACUGAACUGUGCUGGCUCAGCCUGUAGAUGGAGGGAAACGUGCUUGCUGGGAAUGCCUGCACUGGUUGUUUCUUGGGUGCUUGCAUGAGAAGUGGAGCUUCUGUGUGUGGUGUUAGGUUUCCUUUCUGAGUCAGCUCUCCUGGCUGCCAGAGAGGUGCUUGGCUGCAGGCUGAUUUACAGUUACCCCCUCCUGAAUUUGGGCCCCUGCUUCAGUAGUGGGUAUGUGUAGUGCUAGACUCCAGCCCUGUGAGUGGGCUAAGUCUUACCUGGGCCUUCAGAAUGCAGGUUGAAGUGUCAUUCUACUUAGAAAAUGACCUUUUCUCCUAAGAACAGCCCCAUGUGCCUCUCCCUGCAGUCACAAGGCGAAGUGUGUUUUCUGUGCUGCUUCCUUUCCAGCCAGGCUGUGUAGCACUGAUGACACCGAAAGGGAGCUGGUCUCCUACCUGACUUAUGCACCAUCAUUCCCCUCACCCCAUUGUGUUUACAGGGGACGUGAAAACCACCAUGAGCCUGGGCUGACUGGUCCCUGCAGGUACGGACACCACCUCUCCUCUUGGUUUCAAGGUGCAAGGGGAUCUAGGCCAUUUUUUAAUAGUGGAAUUGCACUUUAACCUUUCCUGGGAGCUUGGCUUGCUGGUCCUGGGAAUCCUGUUCCCAAGUGGCAAUGCCAGCUGUCCUGCAAAUGCUCCUGCAGCCUUUGCAGCUGCUGUGGUGCCCAUCUGAGCAUGGUCCUCUCUGCUAUGAGGUGGGCAUGUUGCAAGACAGACACGAGCCACUUGGUGAGACUACAGGAGCUGUCUGUCCAUGGGGAGCUCUGUGCUGCCUCCUUGCCCUGAGAUGAAGAGAUGUCCCCAGAGAGUUGGUUGCUGUGUGGAGGUGAUGUCUCACUUGGAGGCUUCUUCAUGGGGAGGUGUGUGCUUUGGUGGGCACCAGUGCAGGCUGCAGAAGCAGUGUGCACAGCCUGGACCGUAGGCUGCACGGUCCUGAAAUCUGCUGUCCCUGCACCAGCUGCACUGAGACACAACCACUGUUCAUACACUGGUGUCCAUUUGGUUGCUGAGAAGAAGGUGGGCAGAAAACACACAGCUUGGCAUGAUGGAGUUUGCACCCUUAGGAAGCUCUUUGUUUAGUGCUCGGAGUGGGCACCUGUUGCUGCUGUCAGGCGGCCCUGGGGCUGCCCAAAGGAUGAGUCCACACCAUGACCCAGGGCUGAGUGCUGCAGGUUGUGUCCCACUGCCAUUCUGUGGGUGGGAGCAACGUGCCUGGGCUGUAUCUCAUUGUAAUGACACUGUCCUUCAUCCUCAGCUCCCAUCUCAGACCUGACUUUUCCAGUAGGUAACACUGAACGCCCCUUAGGAAUGCUGGGUUUUCAGCUCCUGGGGGCUUUUCUGGCUUUAAGUUUUCCAUUUGUGUUUCCAAAUCCAUUGGAGACCCAGAGGUUCCCUGUGGCAGCUCGACUAAAUGAAUCAGUGCCAAACCAGCGCCUUCUUAACGAGUCCUUUUUCCAGCUUCUUUCCCCGUGUAAUUGUUUUCUGCAGUAUUUAAUGAAUGACUUCGUGCCUUGAUUCAAUAACUCAGAUGGGUGAUGAUGGCAUUAGAUCACUGUGUUAUGCAUUAGUGUGUUUUUUUAACACUAAGACUGUUUGGUUCUUUAACUUAUUGCAAAUCGUGCUGUAUAGGACUUGCUUUAACUGUACUGGUUUCAAUAAAUCCUCUUUUGCAUUGUUUGUAAA